UGGGCGUCAUACGUCACUUCACACCUUGGGCGUAGCUCUUUGCUGGAGAGCCCCAAUGGCAUCUGUGGGACCAGAACAGUGGAAAGAAUCCACUAUAGCAGCAAUAAAAGUCGCCCAAACUCUUAUCGUGAGAGCAGAAGAGAAGUCAGAUCAGUUCAGACGAAAGAAUCCAUUGCCAUCAUUAAGAGAUUCAUGCAUCAAUGAAAGUAACAAGAAAAUCCACUCAUAUGCGAGAGCAACCAGAGAGGUUGUUAUACGCCUCAAGCAAGUAAUUGCAGCCGUUAAUGAAGAAAUAAAAGCAUUGAACCGUGUACGGCAACAAUUAGAAAGAUCACUAGAUCACUGUCGCAAAGACAUCACCAUGAAUACACAGUGUGUAUCAAUGAGGCUAGAAAGACCAAUGAGAGAACAAUGCCCAAGUGAUGGGGCAGAUCAUUUAUUGGGUAAAGAGCACAAGCAGUUAUUUCAGCAGAAAAAUGGACUUGAGUGUAGACUAAAAAACGUGCUAGCAGUCUUGCAAAUGCUUAAUGCGUCAAGGAGUGCUCUGACAUCAGUGAUGCAAGAGAGAAGUCGCACAACAGAGCUGUUAUGUCAUUCAGUGUCAAGUAAUCCACGCUCUACACAACCCACUACGUCACCAAGACACAUCAAAGCACUCUCCGCUCCAGCAAUCUUCCUGGGCAGUCACGAACAAUUUGGGCCACUGAGCUCAGUCACUCCAGCUACAACGGAAUCAAUACAAAGAGCAUUGGAUUUAUGUCAGAAGAGCUCAGUGCUAAGGCAUGAAUGUGCUCAAGCCAUUGAAAUGUCACGCCAGCACCAGUCAUCAAUGCAGCAACUAGUUAACGAUGCGCUAACUCAAAAGAUUGCAGAAACUGUCACAUUAGAGCAACACCUACUCGUAAAUAGCGGCGAAACUAAACUAACUGAGCAGAGAUCAUCAAGACUACUGAAACAGCAAGAGAAAUCUCUCGGAUAUUUACUGGGCCCUGAGUCAUCAGCCGAUAUCACCAAAAGAGAGAGACUAGACCGGCCAUUGGUAAAGGUCUAUCAGCAACAUCCAGGGACUGAUUUACCUGAAGCUGCAACACUCCUACGAGCAACAGCGUCAACAAUGGAAUCCAUCGCACAAACACAGCGCAACCUAUCACUCUUAAAACUGGCAAGGAAGAAACUUAUGGAGGACUACAGAGACAAGAAGAUUGCGUCUCAUUUGGAUAGCGAUGUGUAUCGAAUGAGACGAAGGAAAGCAGACCAUAGAUGGGUCAUACGAGGCAGCAAUAUUCCACUUCAGUUACCAAUCAGCAAGUGACAGAGAUUAUAGAAUAAAAUUUUAAUAAUAAUUAGUAGAUCUAUUAUAAUAUAGUAUUAUAGUGAAUUAAUUGAAACAAACUGAGGACAAUAAUAAUAAUAAUGAUAAUCAUGUUAUAAUAAUGAUACUGUAGACUUAAGAAGUAAUGCAUUAAUUUUACAGAUUGAAGAUAAAAAUU